UGGUCGGUGGGGGUUUCGUACCGAGCUCACGGGCACCGGGCCGACGGCACUGCAACGACCGUCAACAAAGACGACCGGCCGUCCACAGGAGCGUCACUUCGGCCGUGAGGGUGUCACUGCUGAGCCGGCAGCCCGACCGUCCGGUGGGCGGGCCGCUGCACCCUUCUACACCCUACACUCAAGUCCCCACCCAACUGCACCCUUCCGUACGUCUGUCAACGUCUGUUUGACCUCUCAUCUUCCCGUCUUUCUGGACCAUCCUGUCUAAAGGAUUCCUUCGGUUCCUCCUUCUUUCUGGUAGUCAUUCCUUCCUUCCUUCUGCCUUUCUGUUAUCCCAUCUCUACAUUUUGCCUGGCAUAUUUACAAACAUCCAAUUGCUUCAGCGUUCGUCUAUCAACCGUCCAUCCGUCCGUCUGUCAACGUCCGUCUGUCCGUCUGUCCGUCCGUCCGUCCGUCCGUCUGUCCGUUCGUCUAUCAACCGUCCAUCCGUCCGUCUGUCAACGCCCUGCCAGCCGAUCAGUGUGAAGCACGGGAAGGACAAUCAUCCAGCUGGGAUGGCCCAGCUCAUGUGGCAGCUGUGGCUCGCAGUCAUCCAUUUCAGCAGUCUGGUGCUGGGUUUGGCUUCAAACGAAAAAUUGCCAUCAGACUUCUUACAUUUACUGCCCAGUACCAACGAUUAUAAUUUAUCUGAAGUAUUUCCAGAGAACUACGAUAAAUACAUGCUACCGAAGCAGUCGGAUGGAAGAUCAAUAAAGAUCUAUUUCACUUUCGACUUGCAGAAUGUUCUGCAGGUGGACGAAGAAAAUGGCGUGCUACGGUACCAAACGUUCUUUUCGUUCGCCUGGGAGGACCGGCGACUGGUCGUACCAAGAUCGGCACGAAACUAUUCCAGCAUCACGCUCGACUCAGAUCUGAAGGAGCGUCUGUGGCUGCCCGACAUCUUUAUAUUCGGCCAGGAGGACUUCGAACAGGGUCGCCUGCUGCAGGACGUCGGUCGGCUGCACCUGCUGACCAGUGGUCACGUGUUCCUCUCCAUCUACUCGUCAUAUUCGGUUGGCUGCCAUCUGGACUUCUCAGCAUACCCAUUUGACGUUCACACAUGUGAUUUGAUUGUUGGAAGCUACUCUCAGACACAAGAACAAAUCGAAAUGCUCUGGGCACCAAGACAACAUGCGGUGUUCGAAGGAAAGGCUUUGAAAUUCAACACCUUUAGCAUAACUUUCCAGAGAGCUGGCCCUCACACAUUCUGCAUUGGAGAAGGAAGUCAAAGGAGUUGUCGCCGCACGGUGUUGGUGAGCGUGCGUCUGAAGCGCAGCACCACCUUCUUCUUCUUCCACACGUUCUUGCCGUGCGUGCUGCUGGUGGCCACGUCCUGGCUGAGCCUGCUGCUGCCUCCCGACGUCAUCCCCGGCCGGAUGGUGCUCUGCAUCACCUCGCUGCUGGCCCUGCUCACCAUGUACACAUCCAGUCUCGGCAGCAUGCGCGUCUCGUACAUCCGCACCACGGACGUGUGGUUCGUGGGCUGUCUGCUCUUCGACUUCCUCAUCAUCCUCGAGUACGCCGUGCUGCUAUGGGUGCAGAGGGAGCUGGCGGAUGGGGCCGCGCGCUGGACCCGCGUUACGCCCUUUCAGCUGCGCAAGGAAGCGAAUGGGAAAGCCGACCCGAAGCCGACCGUCAGCUUUUGGCAGCGCCUCCGGAACCCCCGAUACAUGGACCACGUGUGCCGCUGGGUGCUGGCAGUGCUGUUCACGCUGUUCUGCGUCGUGUUCCUCGCCUAUACGCUGGGUCGGAAAGGAGAAGACGCUGACGAGCAGGCCAGCUGA